UCGUGUGGCGAGAAUCAUCUCCGUCCGGACGAGGACGCACCGCGCACCGCGCACCGCGGCUGCAGGGCGGCUUGAAAUGAAGGCCGUCAUCUUCGUCGCCGUGGUCUGCUUGGCGUUGGCGGCGGUGCAGGCACUGCGCUGUCGCAUGGAGGAAGACGCGGCCGGCGAGGAGGACUACAGGGAGGCGGUGCGCAUCUGCAUGAGCAACGUGUCCAACGACUGGGAGCUGGCGGGGGGCGACAGGCACGGCGACAGGCACGGCGACAGGCACGGCGGCAAUGGUGGCGGCGGUCGCGGCAGCCAUCGCCAGGAGCAGCGCAGGACGUACAACCGAGGUCCGACGUACCAGUCGGGUGACGGGGACGACUACGGGGACUCCGACAAUCGGCAGGGCGGCCAGCGAGGAGACCGCGGAGGCUACGGGAGUAACAGCUGCGACGCGAACUCUGGUGGUGACAACGGGCAGAGAGGAGGUAACAACAUGCAGGGCAGCAGCAACAACAACAACAAUAACAACAACAACGGUGGCGAUGGCAGUUCCCGAGGAGACUCGGGUGGGUCGCGCAAGGGUGGCCGUGGCGGAAGCAGCAGUAGCAACAGGGGCAGCAGGCCGCGGACCAGGAGAGCGGUGCGACGACGCGGAGGAGACGCGUCCAUGUUCGACCAGGUGGACGCGUGCAUCGUUCAUUGUAUAUUCCGGCAGAUGAAAAUGGUAAAUGAAAACUCACACCCUGAUAAGAGUUCUGUCGUGAGCGCCAUGACCCAGCGCAUUCGGGAUCCGGAGCUGAAGGACUUCAUACAGGAGUCCAUUCAUGAGUGCUUUGAUAUUCUCAUGUCAGGCAAUAUAGGAGGAAGAUGUGACUUUGCCAAAAAUCUUGCUUUAUGCCUUGAAGAAAAGGGGAGAAGACACUGUGAGGACUGGAAUCAUGACAUGAAUGCCAGCCGGCAAAAUAAGGCAGAUAGAGGCUCUGGUCAACAGAGGCCACCAAGGCAACACUCUGGUGCUUAUCAAGGAUGAGAGGGGACAAAGUAAGACAGCGAAAGAAC